CCCUGUGUCAUUGUUUACAGUGCAGCUUCACAAGACGAGCCGGAGAGAGCAGAGAGAGAGAGAGAGAGAGAGGCAGACUGCAGAAGGCUGAGAGGCUAAGAGGAGAACUGUUUAGUCGUGUUCAAGUGUUCAGGGUGAAGUUGAAGAGUUAGAAACAUGCAGGCGACGUAUUGGAUUACCCUGGCCAUGUGCCUGGCUCCAGCCCUCUGUUUCGCGCAAAAACCGCGGCGUUGCAGGUCUCCACCUGUUUAUACUGGAGGCAUGACUGUGGGAACCCAAAAUGAGAAACUGUGGGCUUUUGGGAUGUAUGCUUACGAUGGCAUUAACCAGCGCAUCCACUUUGGAGAGAUGGGGACUUACGACAACAAGAGCUUCACCUACAAUGCACUCAUGCUCUACAAUGAGGAAGUCCUGUACGAGAUCAACCACAAAGACAAGACCUGCGUGAAGAAGGCCCUGAAGUCCGACUUCCACCCCAUGGAAGUCCCCAAGGGGGCCGACUUCGUCUCCCAGGUGGUCCUGGGAACCUCCUCCGGGCCUGGACAGGGUCUGCUGGUCAACAACUGGUGGGGGGACAUGCCUGACAAGAGCGGCAAUUACAUGUUUUCUGUCACUGAGUUUGGUUGCCUGCCCGUCUCUGCUCUUGUGAAGACAAAGAAUUUUGGAUGGAUGACUGUGAGCUACUACAACAAUAUCCUCGGGGCCGAUCCCAAUGUGUUCAUCCCACCACCAUUUUGCAAGGAUGCCAAGCUGGAGGUUGGGGAGAAAGUUGAUUUCUUCUCCAUCUUUCAGUGAAAAUAGUGGGAGGGGAGUUUUUCCUUCUGGUUUAGAGGGCUGUGGAGGAUCCUAUCAUGCACUUGAUCAUGGAAUGUAUCUGAUUUCACUGUAAUAAAGGCAACAUGCAAUAGCCAAGACAUGCGUUUCAUACAUUUCCAUCACUGAUUAUUCUUUGCUUGUUUUGGUUAUUUUUUAAACGCCUUUCACUGUCUUUCAAAGUCUUUCACUGUCAGUUCUUAAGUUGAGCAAAAAAAUAAAACAAGAUUUGAUGGAAAGGUAUUUGCAAGUAAACAUUGAAGGCAAAUAUUGUACUUAUUUUAUCAAGCUGUUGAAAUGUUUGAAUGUCUUGAUCUAUGGCACUAUUUCCCUGAAUGAUUGGAAUUCAUUCUAAUGUAUAAUAAAGUUUUUUAAUUCAG